AUGCCAGUUAUCCGACCAUCAAUCAUGCCCGAAGAUUCUACUUCUCAGCACAAAACCGUCACUCUUAAGCUCUUUAUGAACCGUACGCCACGAAUCACUAUUACCUACAAGGACAAGGACGACCUAUUCGAGAAACUAAAAAGCAAGGCACAGGAACUUGGUAUUCCUGAAGAAACUGUCUUCUGGAUCGACAUGGACGGCGAGCCAGUGAAGCUGAACAGCGCCGACACUCUGAUAAACGCUGCCAACGAAUCAUCGCUACUAAGACUCUACGCCUGCGAUGCGAGCGACGAUGACGAGAUCUCCUGCUCCAGCUGUGAUGAGCUCGCCAAUGGUCGGCGACGUUGGAGGCGACGAGUCCCCCGCAAUCACUCCAGAUGCAGAAGCCGUAACCGUUCUCGUGGAAGGCGAUCACGUUCCAAAGAUCGCUCCACGAGUCGCGAUCGCACCCACCGACAUCACCGUCACCAUCCAAGACCUGAUCACCAUGGAAUUGAUCCAUUUCCAAGGUUUGGGCCUUUCGGUUUCCCUAUAAUGGGCCCACCCUUCGGACACUGCCCACCUUUCCCUGGAGUUGGUCGUCGCGUUGCUAGAUGUCCCCCGCUCCACUGGCCGUGA